CCCUGUGACCAUAUGGUGUCAGGGGAACCUGGAGGCCCAGGAGUGCCAUCUGUAUACAGAGGGACACUUAGAGCCAUUGGACACACAGAGCCUACAGGAGCCAAGGGACAACAUCAAGUUCUCCAUUGCACACAUGACAAAGGACUAUGCAGGGAGAUACCACUGUUCCUGUCACAGUCCCAUUGGCAGGUCAGAGCCCAGUGACGCCCUGGAGCUGGUGGUGACAGGAGCCCACAGAAAACCCACCCUCUCAGCCCUGCCCAGCCCUGUGGUGGCCUCAGGAGGGAACGUGACCCUUCAGUGUGGCUCACAGGAUGGAUAUGACAGGUUCAUUCUGACGAAGGAAGGAGAACACAAGUCCUCCUGGACUCUGGACACACAGCAACGUGCCAAUGGGCAGACCCGGGCCCUGUUCCCAGUGGGCCCCAUGACCCCCAGCCACAGGGGGACGUUCAGAUGCUAUGGCUCUUUCAGAGACAAACCCCAGGUGUGGUCAGAACCCAGUGACCCCCUGGAGCUCCUGGUCUCAGGUGAGGAGGGCCCAGCCUGGUCCCAGAGGCUUUGGCUUUGGCUCAGAGCAGAGCCCCAUGUGAGGGGGAGGCUCAGGGGGUGGGGCUCCUGGAUCAGAACCCAGAGUGUGAGAGACAGUGAGACCUGGGGGUCAGGAGGGACAAGGGGGUCAUGGGGGAAGCAGCCCCUAACCCAGGGCUCUCUCUCCCCAGGGGGCUCUGGGAAGCCCUCCCUCCUGACCCCGCAGGGCCAUGUCAUGGCCUCUGGACAGAGUCUGACCCUCCAGUGUCGCUCUGCCAUCAGCUAUGACAGGUUCGCGCUGGCCAAGGAGGGGGCACAGGACCUCCCCCAGCGCCCUGCCUGGCAGCCCCAGGCUGGGCUCUCGCAGGCCCACUUCCCUCUGAGUGAGGUGAGCAGCCUCCAUGGGGGCCGGUAUAGAUGCUAUGGUGGACACAACCUCUCCUCCCUGUGGUCGGCCCCCAGUGACCCCCUGGACAUCCUGGUGGCAGGACAGCUCCCCGACACACCCUCCCUCUUGGUGCACCCGGGCCCCUCGGUGGCCACAGGAGAUAACGUGACGCUGCUGUGUUGGUCAUGGAGUCCGAUAGACACCUUCCUUCUGUCCAAGGAGGGGACAGCCAAUGCUCCCCUGUGUCUUAGAUCGAAAUACUAUGGUCAGCAGUUUCAGGCCCAAUUCUCCAUGACUCCUGUGACCUCGGCCCACAGGGGGACCUACAGGUGCUACGGCUCACUCAGCAGUGACCCCUACCUGCUCUCACACCCCAGUGACCCCCUGGAGCUCAUAGUCUCAGGACAAGCAGACACCAUCCGCCCAUCUCAAAACCAGCCAGAUCCCACGAGCGCUUCUCCCCCCCAAGACUACAGAGUGGGGAACCUCAUCCGGAUGGCCGCGGCUGCCCUGAUCCUGCUGGGCCUCGGGAUUCUGCUCUUCCAGGCUCGACACGGCCAUGGAGGAACCCAAGACGCGCCUGCAUGCGUCACCCUUCCGUCUUGUGGUCAACUUGUAAACUGCAUUAGUUGGGCUGCCAUAACAACCUGGGUACUUCUCAGUUUUGCGGGGUCACGGUCUCUGUUCAGCAGACGCAGUACCAUGACUCUCAGGAUCAUCAGCCCGGCCUGUCUUGGGUUCUUCUUGAUUCAGAGGAUCUGGGCACAAGAAGGUGGUCAGGACAAGCCCUACCUGUCUGCCUGGCCGAGCCCUGUGGUUUCUCAAGGACAGCAUGUGACUCUUCAGUGUCACUCGCAUCUCAGGUUUGACAAGUUCAGGCUGUACAAGGAUGACGGAGCCCAUGUCCCUGAGCUCCAGAACAUCAUAUUUCGGAGCAGCUUCCUCAUGGGUCCUGUGACCGCAGUACAUGCGGGGACCUACAGGUGUCAUGGUUAUCACAGGGACUCCCCCUCUGCGUGGUCAACACCCAGCGACCCCCUGGAGAUUGUGGUCACAGGUCUAUACCAGAAACCUUCUCUCUCAGCCCAGGGGGGCCCCUGGGUGAGGUCAGGAGAGAACGUGACCUUGUCCUGCAGCUCCGAGAGUUCCUUCGACAUGUACCAUCUGCUCAGGGAGAGAAAGAACCAUGGAUGGUGGCUCACUGGAGCACAGAGCCACAGUGAUGUGGCCCAGGCAGACUUCUAUCUGGGCCCUGGGACCCCAGCCCAUAGCGUCUACAGGUGCUACAGCUCCUUCAAUCACUCUCCCUACAGGUGGUCAGACGUGAGUGACUCACUGUCCCUUUCUGUCACAGGAAACUCUUCAAGCCAUCAGCCUCUGCACCCAAGGCCAGGCUCCAGCACUGAUAACCCCAGCCACCUGCAUGGCCUGGCUGGGUCUUCAGGGGCCAUCAUAUGCUUUGUCAUCCUUCUUUUCAUCCUCAUCCAUUGCUGGCGCCAUGCUAAAAAGAAUGGUGCCAAAAUGGACAGGGAGCCUGAGGUGGACAGAACGGUGAAUACGGAGGACCCUGAAGGAGAAGAGCCCAGGGAGGUGACAUACACAGAGGUGGAUCACUGGAUUUUCACACAGAAAAAAAUCACUCCCGCUUCCCAGAGCCCCAAGGAACCCUCGACUGAUACCAGCAUGUACAUGGAUCUUGCAACCUGCUAAGACCAGAUCGAGGCUUGAAUUCUAUCCCCCAACUCACAGAGGAAGACCCUGAGAUCUUCCGUGGAUGCCAUAGGUCUUUCUCCAACCCAGCUUGACAGCUGCAUUGCCACAACAGCUGGAAUCUGAAGACACAAGUCUUCAUCUCCAGAGUCCUCCACCUUCAUCAUAGGGCCAUGUCUAAAGCCUCAGGACCCCUCGGAAAGCCCCCGGCCAUUCUCGAAUGUUCUUAUGAUGAUUCAGUUGUUUCCAGUAUUAUCAACAAAAUCAUCUAAGAAUUCUAGAAAUUCAGCCCGUAUCAGCCCCCUCCCUCUGACAUUCUACCGGUAAGAUUCUAGAAAUUAUGACAUAUUUAAUCAAAGAAUUAAUGCCUCCAAAAGGUUUGUGUAGAGACACAGCAUAUUCUAAGUCUUCAAGCAAAUAUUCGUGGUGAAAAAUCACAUUCUCAUGGAUCUUGGUCUAGUGGGAGAUGCUAAUUGAAUACUAUCUGUGAGAGAAAAGGCAAUGCAGAGACUCCCUCCUUGCAUGAUCUUUGCCAAUUUUGCUUAUGCCAAUUUGCUCCAGAAAUUUCUAUACAACAUGAAUCUGAGCGUGGCUCUCUCGUGCUUAUAACUUUCUAUGGUCUUCCUUACCGACAGGAGAGAAAUCAAAUGCCCAUGCUUAGCCCACCAUCCGCUUUUUCACUUGACCCCUGCCCACCUUGACAUCAUAGCCACCUGUACUUUCUCAUUCCUAGUUUAAGCUGCACCCUGCUGGGUCACUCAAAAUCCAUAAAUAUAAGAAGCUCACUCUUUUAUUCUCUCAAACCCAGCUUGAGGUCCUUGGUGUCGAUAAAUAUCUUAAAGUCAGAGUUAAUGUCCCAACUUGAACUCUAAAAUUCAUGUCCCAGCGUGAACUCUAGAGGCCCAGAAGUGAAUUCAUUUUUGAUGUCCUUUUUUUUUUUCUUUUCUAGGGCCACACCUG